UGCCGGAGCCGCGGCUGCGCCCAGUCCCGGCGCCGCGCUCGGCCGCGGAGGAGGCGGCCCGGCCCGGGCUGCGGCCGCCGAGGGGAGGCCGAGCCUGCCAAGUUGGCGCCCGGCGGAGCCAUGGUGGCCGGCGCCCGCAGCGACCUCCUGGCCCUGCUGCUCGCCGUCUCCGCGCCGUUUUGGCUUCAGGCGGAGGAGCUGGGUGAUGGCUGUGGGCACAUAGUGACCUACGAGGACAGUGGCACAGUGACAUCUAAGAAUUAUCCAGGGACUUACCCCAAUCACACUGUUUGUGAAAAGAUGAUCACAGUACCGAAGGGGAAGAGAUUGAUUCUCAGGUUGGGAGAUUUGGAUAUUGAAUCCCAGACCUGUGCUUCUGGCUACCUUCUCUUCACUAGCUCUUCUGAUCAGUAUGGUCCGUAUUGUGGGAGUAUGACUGUUCCCAAAGAACUUUUGCUGAACACCAAUGAAGUAACUGUUCGCUUUGAGAGUGGAUCCCACAUUUCUGGGCGGGGUUUUUUGCUGACCUAUGCCAGCAGCGACCAUCCAGAUUUAAUAACGUGUUUGGAACGAGCUAAUCAUUAUUUGGACACAGAAUACAGCAAGUUCUGCCCAGCGGGUUGUAGAGACAUAGCAGGAGAUAUUUCUGGGAAUGUGGUGGAUGGAUAUAGAGAUACCUCUUUAUUGUGCAAAGCCGCCAUCCAUGCGGGAAUAAUUGCAGAUGAAGUGGGUGGUCAGAUCAGCGUGCUUCUGCAGAAAGGGAUAAGUCGCUAUGAAGGAAUCCUGGCCAAUGGUGUGCUCUCAAGGGAUGGUUCCCUGUCAGACAAGCGAUUUCUGUUUACCUCCAAUGGUUGUAACAGAUCCCUGAGUUUGGAACCUGACAGGCAAAUCAGAGCUUCUUCUUCUUGGGAGUGGACCAAUGAGGCUGGAGACCAGGUUCGUUGGUCUCCUGGCCAAGCCCGACUUCAGGACCAAGGCCCGUCGUGGGCUUCAGGGGACAGGAGCAAGAACCACAAACAGCGAGAGUGGCUCAGGAUAGAUUUGGGAGAGAAAAAGAAAAUAACAGGAAUUAGGACCACAGGAUCCACACAGUCAAAUUUCAACUUUUACGUAAAGAGUUUUGUAAUGAACUUCAGAAACAAUGACUCCAAGUGGAAGACCUAUAAAGGAAUUGUGAAUAAUGAAGAAAAGGUGUUUCAGGGCAACUUGAAUUUCCGGGACCCUGUGCGGAACAAUUUCAUCCCUCCCAUUGUGGCCAGAUAUGUGCGAGUUAUCCCCCAGACAUGGCACCAGAGGAUAGCCUUGAAAGUGGAGCUCAUUGGCUGCCAGAUUACACCAAGUGAGACUCAGGGGAAUGACUCAUUGGUGUGGCGCAAAACAAGUCCAAAUAUCGUUGGUUCAACUAAAAGAGAAGAUGAGACAAUCUCAAAACCCACCCCCUCUGAAGAAAUGCCAGAAGGAAUAAGCAUCACAACUCUUGUUAUUCCACUGGUGCUCCUCGCCCUGCUGAUGGCUGCAGUGGGAAUCUUCGCGGUCCUUAGAAGGAGGAAGAAGAAAGGAAAUACUUAUGGAUCAGCAAAGAUUCAGAAAACAGACUGUUGGAAGCAAAUCAAAUAUCCUUUUGCUAGGCAUCAGUCAGCUGAGUUUACCAUCAGCUACAAUAAUGAAAAGGAGGUAUCACAAAAGCUGGAUCUCAUCACAAGUGACAUGGCAGAUUACCAGCAGCCUCUCAUGAUCGGCACCGGGACGGUCACCAGGAAGGGCUCCACCUUCCGGCCGAUGGACACGGAGGCGGACGAGGCGGGGCGGGGCGCCGAGGCCGGCGGCCACUACGACUGCCCCCUCCGGGCGGGCCGCCACGAGUACGCCCUGCCCUUGACCCACGCCGAGCCGGAGUACGCCACGCCCAGUGAGCGGCACCUGGCGCGCGCGCACACCUUCUCGGAGCGGAGCGGCUACCGCGUGCCGGGGGACUGCCUCAGACCCCUCAACCAGACGGCCAUGACCGCUCUGCUGUGA